AUGCGUUAUUCCGUACUCCUCGUCCUCGCAGCUGGCCUCCUCGCCGAAGCUGCAACCCUUGACAACUGCAGAGGUGGUCUCACCUACUGUGGCCAAGGUCUUCUCCGCAAAGGAAAUUACUACGCCGAUAUCAUCAACUCGCUAUCAGCUGCUGGCCAGUCAACAGAUCAAGAUCACGUCAACUUCUCUCUCUUUCUCUGCCGUGGCAAUGAUGAUGUUCCUUUCCAGAGAUUCUGUGGUGCCGGGCGAUGCGUCGAUGGGGGAGCUGGUCGCAGUGACUACUGUUCUUAG